AUGACAGAUUCGAGUGGCUCGGCGCCAGACGAGUAUACUUCAUUACUUCCCAAGCUCCCAGACCAUGAUCCGGCAUGGAAUCAACACGAAAGUGACUGCGAGAGGACCAACAAAUCCUCUAGGGGUCUUUUUCUCUCCGAGUUCUGGCUGUUACUGAAGAGUUCAAUUCCGGUAAUCCUGGCAUACACUCUCCAGAACAGCCUCCAAACCGUCUCCGUGCUCAUUAUCGGCCGCUCCUCUCCCGAGAACCUAGCCGUCAGCGCAUUCUCCCAAAUGUUCGCCAUGGUCACAGCGUGGAUGAUUGGGCUAGGCGGCACGACAGCCCUCGAUACACUAGCCUCUUCGACGUUCACGGGGAGUUCCAACAAACAUGACUUGGGGAUCUUGCUCCAGAGGGGAUUCUUGGUUCUGGGCCUUUUUUAUGUCCCAGUGGCUAUCCUAUGGGCGUGCUCGGAGCCGGUAUUUCUCUUUCUCGGACAGGAUCCGCAAUUGUCGCGCGAUAGUGCGAGGUUUCUCACUUGUCUUAUCCCGGGAGGGCUGGGGUAUAUAUAUUUCGAGCUGAUGAAAAAGUAUCUGCAAGCACAGGGUAUGGGAUCUAGCCGAUCAUCAAUUGACACUGCUAACGACGAACUAAACCCAGGCAUCAUGAGAGCAGGAACGUACGUCCUCUUGGUCACCUCCCCGCUCAACGCUGGCCUCAACUAUCUAUUCUGCUACACGUUCAAGAUCGGCCUCUUAGGCGCUCCCCUUGCAACCGGUCUCUCGUACUGGAUAUCCUUUGCACUGCUGGUGCUAUACUCAAAGCUAGUCGCCGGAUCCGAGUGCUGGGGCGGCUGGUCGCGAGAUGCAUUCCAGAACCUGGGCACAUUUGCCCGGCUCGCGCUCCUUGGAUUCGUACACGUCGGCACGGAGUGGUGGGCCUUUGAGAUCGUAGCACUGGCAGCGGGCCGACUGGGCACGAUCCCCCUUGCGGCGCAGAGUGUCAUCAUGACGGCUGACCAGGUGCUCAACACGAUUCCGUUCGGUAUCGGCGUCGCGACGUCCACUCGCGUUGGUAAUUUGCUGGGAUUGCGGAAUGGCGUUGCAGCAUCACGCGCGGCGCAUACGUCUGCUGUUCUCAGUAUGGUUGUUGGCGGUGCUGUGCUGGCAUUGCUGAUGGGCACGCGACACGAUUUUGCAAAGAUCUUCAACGAUGAUGCCGGCGUUGUGAAGCUGACUGCUGAGGUUCUGCCCUAUGUGGCUCUGUUCCAGAUUGCAGAUGGGCUGAAUGGAAGUUGUGGGGGGAGUCUGCGUGGGAUGGGGAGACAGCAUGUCGGCGCGCUGGUCAAUAUCGUGAGUUACUAUUGCGGUGCGCUGCCGCUGGGUAUAUGGUUGGCGUUUCAUGGUUGGGGACUGAAGGGGCUGUGGGUGGGACAGUGUAUUGCUCUUUAUCUGGUAGGGUUCCUGGAGUGGAUUAUCGUGGCUCGUAGUCAGUGGGAGGUCGAGGUGCGCAAGGCAUUUUUACGGAUGGAUGUUCAUGACAGUUUGGAAGCUGGCUUUGAGACAUAG